AUGGACAGCUCCGGGAUGCUCCUCGCGCUCCUCCUGGUCGGCCUGCUGUCCGUCCUGUGUGACGGUCAGGGGUCUCAGGAAGUCUCCUCUGAGGACUUCGCGGUGGAGAAACCGGAACCAGCUGCAGACAGAGACAUGGUGGAGGCGCUGGAGGCUCUGCUCGGCCGGAUGCACAACCGGAUCUCCUCCACUGAGAAGAGAGCGAGCAUCCCUCUGUGUGGGAUGGGUGACAGGUGUGCCAUGAAGUUCGGCCCUCGCAUCGGGAAGCUCUGCGACUGCAGCAGAGGAGCUUACUGCAACUCCUAUCUGCUCAAAUGCAUCUAA